UAGUACCAGACGGGCUUAUUACCGAGUGACACUCGCAGAAGGUUUUUAGACAUGUUUCUGGGAGGUUUGAUGGUUUAAAUCAGAAUAAAAACGCUAGAUGAAGGUGUUUGGUGUUUGAAAUGUUAAUAUUUUGAGGGAAAUAAAUGCAGAAAGAGGCUUUUUUCAGCCGGAAACCACCGACUUUAGGAGGAGAGCAUGACCGAGGAAAGCCUGCUGUUCUCAGGAGACGUUAGUGACCCACAGAUCCCCCCCACACCUGCUGAAGGAGGAACCAGCAACCUUCUCUGGACCUGCAGUGACAACGGCUUCAGGUUUGACUUUUUCACCGACAGCGCCGCACCGCCUGAGGAGAGAACGCCGCCAGCAGACGCCGCCCAGCCGCCGUUAUCCUUCACGGGGCAGGGCUCCGCUUUUGCUUUCAACUUUCAAAUCCCUCCUGACCCCCCCGCAGAAGACAUGGACACAACCGGCAGGACGAACGCCUCAUCGCCGUUACAGGCGGGGGUGUCUGCAUGCACGGCGUCAGAGCAGUCCAAGACGAAGAAGAAGAAGAAGAAAUCUGGAAAGAAGACGCCGUCCGACAGUGAGACCCAGCAGCAGCCGGCAGAGGAGGAGCUGAGCGCAGAAGAGCAGCUGAACAGGCAGCUGGACUGGUGCAUCGAACAGCUGGAGCUGGGAAUACGUUCUCAGAAGGGAACCCCGAAACAGAAAGAGGAGGCGUCUCGAGCGCUGAAGACGCUGCGCAGCUCCAAAGCUCCUCUGGUCAAGAAGCGGCAGGUGAUGAGAGCCAUGACGGGCGAUUACAGGAAGAAAAUGGAGGAGGAGAAGAACAAGCAGUUCAGGCUCAUUCAGAGCGAAACUGCAGCAGCUCAGGUCCAAGCGGUGUCAGAUUCCCCAAAGAAGUCCGUUUUCCACCGCAGAGCUGAGGUGAGAAGCCAGUCAGCAGCGUCAGAGCAGCAGACUGAACCCCGGGGGGGGGCCGGCCCCAUCCUGCAGGCUCCGGAGGAGACGGCCGCCUUCGUCUUUGUUCCAUCAAAGGAGGAGUUUCACUUCAAUUUCCUCUGAUACUUCUGUGCUGAAACACGACGGUUUCUCCAUGAACUUAACUGGAAACAAGCGCCGCUCUGAGGAUACCAGGAAAACCAACAAAGAAAUGUUGCAUCGGAGGAUUUGUUAUAAAAACAUCUAAAUCCCAAAGGCUUACGUCUC